AGGCUAAGUAUUCUCUGCAAUUGUGUUUUAACUGGAUUUACUUUUCCUUCCAGGAUUAAUUUUUCUCCACCUCUAUUUACAUGGUGAUAAGAAGUGCUAAUCCCACUCAGUCAGUCUGGACUGAUGAAUCUGAAGAGUAGAACAGAGCUCUGUGUUGUGUAGACGAACUGAUGGAUGAAGAUGAGAAGGACAGGGCAAAGAGGGCAUCACGCAACAAAUCUGAGAAGAAAAGGAGAGACCAGUUCAAUGUCCUCAUUAAAGAGCUUUGCACAAUGCUGCAAGGCCACGGACACCCUCUCAAGAUGGACAAGUCCACAAUCCUGCAGAGGACCAUCGAUUUCUUACAGAAACAGAAAGAAAUCACAGCACAGACAGAAGCCUGUGAGAUUAGACAAGACUGGAAGCCUUCAUUUCUUAGCAACGAGGAGUUCACCCAGUUGAUGUUAGAGGCAUUAGAUGGCUUUCUCAUUGCUCUUACCACUGAUGGGAUUAUUAUAUAUGUAUCUGACAGUGUCUCGUCUCUGCUUGGGCACUUACCGUCAGAUUUGGUGGACCAAAAUAUAUUAAACUUCCUGCCUGAGCGGGAGCAGAGUGAGGUGUACAAGCUCCUUUCUCCACACGUGCUCAUGACAGACCCUGUUGCAGCUGAUUUUCUGAACGCAGAAAAACAAAUAGAGUUUUGCUGUCAUUUAGCAAGAGGCAGCUUAGAUCCAAAUGAACCCCUGACAUAUGAAUAUGUGAAAUUUGUAGUGGAUUUUAAAUAUUUUACUCAUGUGCCUACACCCUCCUGUAAUGGCUUUGAGUCAGCUAUUGCAAGAGCUUUCAGGUCAGCCACGGAGGAGCAGAUUUGCCUCGUAGCAACUGUUCGUCUCGUCACACCACAGUUCUUAAAGGAGCUCUGCAAUGUUGAAGAGCCAUGUGAAGAAUUUACAUCAAGGCAUAGUUUGGAAUGGAAGUUUCUAUUCUUGGACCACAGGGCUCCACCUAUCAUAGGAUACCUUCCCUUUGAGGUCCUGGGAACGUCAGGGUAUGACUACUACCACGCAGAUGACCUGGAGCUUCUUGCUAAGUGCCAUGAACACUUGAUGCAGUUUGGAAAAGGCAAGUCCUGCUACUACAGGUUCCUGACCAAAGGGCAGCAGUGGAUCUGGCUGCAGACGCACUACUACAUCACCUACCACCAGUGGAACUCCAAGCCCGAGUUCAUCGUGUGCACCCACCUCGUGGUUAGUUAUGCAGAAGUCCGAGCUGAAAGAAGGCGAGAUCUUGGCCUUGAAGAGUCAUCGAUUGAACUGGCAUCCUCCUCUUUAAAGAGCCACGGCAGCUCCCAGGACGUGCAGCAGUGCGGCAGCAGCCAGGAGGGGACCGCAUCCACAUCGUCAAUGCGACACACAGACACCAGCACUCCCACCAGGCCCUCCGUGCCAAUGGGUCAGUCGGAGAAGGCAGCCUUGCGACUGGCAGCAAGCGGAGGCACCCAGCCAGUGUACCACUUCCCUGCACAGCUGGGGAUGAUGCACCAGCUGAAAGAGCAGCUGGAAGAGAGGACUCGCAUACUGCAAGCUGACAUCAAGACGCAGCAAGAGGAGCUGCACGUCAUCAAGGAGCAACUCCAGCUAGUGCAGGACUCCAACCUGCAGAUGUUGAUGCAGCAACCGAUACCCUUAGUCUUUAACAACGUGCCACACCAGAGUCCAAGAAGGCCGUCACAGCAGCAGCAGCCUGGGGCAACCAGGCAAAGCACAGCCAAGAAGUUGCAGCAGCACGGCCUUACUGGGACCAAACACUACUGUGGCCCUCACUUACCGUCCCCACGCCAAUUCCUCAGGGAACCUGGUGGCCCUUCCUCCCAGGUUACGAGCAUUUCAAUGUCCCUCUACAACAACCCGGUGGUGCCGGCUGAAGCCAGUGACCGGCAGCAGCAGGCUGAGUACAGCCAGGACAGGAGCCUGAGAUUCGUCCCAGAGCAGCAAAUCUUGCCUACCGCGAUACAGAUGCAGCCGAUUACCAGUAGCACAGUCCGACCUCCAGUCCCGUCACCCAUCUUCUCCCCGUCGCUGAUGAUCCCACACACCGCCUUCACUUCCCACCAGACGAGCACCCCAGUUUAUCACACCACAAGGAGCAAAACACUCAGCCCCAUUUUAUGCUUCCCCAUCGGACUUGAAAUGCAAGGUCCCGAGUCGGUGCCAGGGGGGCCGAACCAGCGUGUUUUCCAGGCGCCUCAUGCGUCGCAGCAGAGCCCCAUGGGCUACUUCGUGCACCCGCAGCAGCCAAGCCGCCAUGCACAGGGCCAGCCCUGCAGCCUGCCCGACCUGCCGGAGAUGCAGCUACCGUGA